CUUUUUAGCCUUUGGAUGGCACUGAACAGGGCGGUGGGCCGGCCCAAAGGGAAGCUGGGCGCCGCGGCAGCCGUGAAGCUCGCAGCUAACCGGAGCACCGCGGGCGCGCGCCGCAGGAGGACGCGAUGCCGCAAGUGCGAAGCCUGCCUGCGCACCGAGUGCGGCGAGUGCCACUUCUGCAAAGACAUGAAGAAGUUCGGGGGCCCUGGCAGGAUGAAGCAGUCCUGCAUCAUGAGGCAGUGCAUCGCGCCGGUGUUGCCUCAUACUGCUGUGUGUCUGGUGUGUGGAGAAGCUGGGAAAGAGGACACUGUGGAAGAGGAGGAGAGCAAGUUUAAUCUCAUGCUAAUGGAAUGCUCCAUUUGUAAUGAAAUAAUACACCCAGGAUGCCUUAAGGUGAAGGAAUCGGAUGGUGUGGUUAACGACGAGCUGCCCAACUGCUGGGAGUGUCCCAAGUGCAACCAUGCAGGGAAAACUGGAAAAGCGUACAAGCAAAAGCGCGGACCUGGAUUCAAAUACGCAUCAAAUCUCCCAGGCUCAUUGCUGAAGGAGCAGAAAAUGAACAGGGACAACAAGGAAGCAACAGACGCCGCGAAGCGGAAAGGCGACUGCGAAGAGACUCCCAGGCGGAAAUCCGAGGAACAUUCCAAAAAGGCUCAAGUUGACUCCAUCCUGCGGAGAAAGUCRGACGAGGUGCAUCUGCGGAGGAAGAGGAAAUUUGAGAAACCCCAGGAACCUGCUAUGAGGAAACGGCGGCGGUCGUGGAAGGGCCCCGACGAGCGCGCGGCCCUGCUGAAGCCUCUGCGCCGCCUCAAGCAGGAGCCCGAGGACGAGGUGCCCGAGGCGCCGCCCCGCGCCAAGGAGAGCGACCAGUCGCGGUCGAGCUCGCCCACGGCGGGGCCCAGCACCGAGAGCGCCGACUCCCGGGACAAGAAGAAAUUCAAGAUGAGGCGGAAAAGGCGGCUCCCCAAUAAGGAACUGAGCAAGGAGCUCAGCAAGGAGCUCAACCAGGAGAUCCAAAAAACCGAGAACAGCCUUGCCAACGAGAAUCACCAACCCAUCAAAUCGGAACCCGAGAGCGAGAACGAGGAGCCGAAGCGGGCCCUGAACAACAGCGAGAGACUGCACAGGUUCAGCAAGGGGCUGAACGGGACUCCCCGCGAGCUGCGGCACCAGCUCAUCCCCGGCCUGCGGAGCACCCCGCGGGGCAUAGCCCGCCCGCCGCCCUCGCUCUCUCCUCCCAAAUGCAUCCAGAUGGAGCGGCACGUUAUCCGGCCGCCCCCCAUCAGCCCCCCUCCGGACUCGCUGCCCCUGGAUGAUGGGGCCGCACACGUGAUGCAGAGGGAAGUCUGGAUGGCUGUCUUUAGCUACCUCAGUCAUAGAGACUUGUGCAUCUGUAUGAGAGUUUGCAAGACCUGGAACAGAUGGUGCUGUGACAAAAGAUUAUGGACCAAAAUAGAUUUAAGCCAUUGUAAAUCCAUCACUCCACUUAUGCUUAGUGGCAUUAUUAGGAGACAGCCUGUAACCCUUGAUCUUAGCUGGACAAAUAUAUCUAAAAAGCAGCUGAGUUGGCUUAUCAACAGACUCCCAGGUCUCCGAGACCUGCUGUUAUCAGGGUGCUCAUGGAUAGCAGUGUCGGCACUUUGUAGUUCCAGUUGUCCUUUACUCCGAAUUCUGGACGUGCAGUGGGCGGAAGGAUUGAAAGACGCACAAAUGCGAGACCUCCUGUCGCCACCCACAGAUAACCGGCCAGGCUGCAACGGGUGUACUUUAGAGAGUAUGGAAACACUUUCUUCCAGUUCAGGGAAGGAGCAGUUCUGUGGGUCAUGCCCCAUUCGCCCGGAUAUCAGCUCAGGUCAGAUUGACAACCGGAGUAAACUACGGAACAUAGUUGAACUGCGUUUGGCUGGUCUGGAUAUAACGGAUGCUUCUUUACGACUGAUCAUUCGGCACAUGCCUCUGCUCUCCAAACUCAAUCUUAGUUACUGUAAUCAUGUGACGGAUCAGUCUAUCAACCUGCUGACUGCAGUCGGAACCACCACGCGGGAUUCGUUAACAGAAAUUAAUUUAUCAGACUGCAAUAAGGUGACUGACCAGUGCCUGUCCUACUUCAAACGCUGUGGAAACAUCUGCCAGAUUGACCUGAGGUACUGCAAGCAGGUGACCAAGGAAGGCUGCGAGCAGUUCAUAGCGGAGAUGUCCGUAAGCGUUCAGUUUGGGCAAGUGGAAGAAAAACUUCUGCAAAAACUGAGUUAGUUAAAGGACACGUGUAAAUACUGGGGCGAGGGGAGGGGGGGAAGGGACUAAGAACAUGUAGGGAUUUUAUUUUCAAUUGGGAACUUGGAAUAUUGGAAACUAUCGCGAUUGGAUUUUACAACUCUUGUCAAGGAGACAACAUUAAACUACCCAUGUUAAGAAUUUCAACCUGUGCCACUCAUUCAGUCUACCUGGGAUGUCCUGCACUGGCUCUUAUGCAAACUCAUAAGGCGACUGUUAUUGAUAAUUGUUCACACCCGGAAGACGACUGAUCUCCAAGAAAUACUGUUAUUUAAAGUACCACAGCAUGUGCUUGGUAGUGUAAAUUUGAUUUCUGCUUUUCAUUUCUUAAACAGAAAAGUUGGUGUCAUUAAAGUGGACCACGCACUGCAUUUCUGCCUUCUUAACACAUUUUGUUUUGUUACAUCUUACAUUAUGCAGAACUAUUUUUGUACAAAAAUUGUUUAAAAAUUAUUUAUGCAAUGUUUGAAUGCAUUACCAGUGUUUCGGUUUUGAUUGCCAAUUUUUAUCUUUACUUAUGGUAGGAGAGAACUUAACCUAUACUUCGUAGACAGUAUCUAUCUACAAACGUGCCCAGGUCAGGAAAAGUAGGUUCAUACUUUCAACUUAAAGCAUGUUUUAAUGGAAGUUUAUAUCCUGCUUUGUAUACUUCAGAAGUGACAUAAGCAUGUUGUGGAAAUAAGGUGUAAAUUAUAGUUGAAGUAAAACACUUUGCCAAGUUUUAUCUGUAUAGAAAUCACCUUUUUCUCAAAAUUUUAAAAAUUCCAAUUUCAGCUUUUGCACAUAGGAGGGUUUCACUCUGUAGCAUGAGCUCUUGUACUCAAUAUAAAAUUAAUUUAUACAGUGAGUCCAGCAGUAGAAUAAAUGGUCAAACGUAGUCUCUCUUUCUUUGAAGUGUGAGUUGAGUUCUCAUUUAAGGUUUAUAA